AUGGGCGUCAUCUUCCCCACUCUGGUCUGCGGUCUCGGCUGGGGUGACUGGCUUGGUGGCUACGUCUACGCCGGCAUUCUCCGCAUUUUCUUCGUUCAGCAGGCUACUUUCUGCAUCAACUCCCUCGCCCACUGGAUCGGCGAUCAGCCCUUCGAUGACCGCAACAGUCCUCGCGACCAUGUGAUCACUGCUCUCUUCACCCUUGGUGAGGGCUACCACAACUUCCACCACGAGUUCCCCUCGGACUACCGCAACGCCAUUCAGUGGUGGCAGUACGACCCCACCAAGUGGAUGAUCUGGACCUGGAAGCAGCUUGGCCUCGCCUCCGACCUCAAGCAGUUCCGUGCCAACGAAAUUGAGAAGGGACGUGUCCAGCAGCUCCAGAAGAAGCUUGACCAGAAGCGCGCCACUCUCGACUGGGGCAUCCCUCUCGAGCAACUCCCUGUUGUCGACUGGGAUGACUUUGUUGCCCAGAGCAAGGAGGGCAAGGGUCUUAUCGCUGUCGCUGGUGUCAUCCACGACGUGACCGACUUCAUUAAGGACCAUCCCGGUGGCCGCGCCCUCAUCAACUCUGCCAUCGGCAAGGAUGCUACCGCCAUAUUCAACGGCGGUGUUUACCUUCACUCCAACGCCGCUCACAACCUUCUCUCCACCAUGCGCGUCGGCGUCCUCCGUGGCGGCUGCGAGGUCGAGAUCUGGAAGCGUGCCCAGUUCGAGAACAAGGACAUGACCUACGUCACCGACUCAUCCGGCCAGCGUAUUGUUCGCGCCGGCGACCAGCUCACUCGCGUUGCUCAGCCCACCAAGGGCGCCGAUGCGGCGUAAGCUCGGCGCUGUCACGGACAUUUCUCUCAUCGGAGACGAAACGGCGAGCAGCUCACGAGAAUGGAUCUCAUGUGAGCCAGCGCCACGACACGAAACUACUUGGCCGGCGUUGAUUACUGGAUUUUGGGGCAUUGGGCGGCGGCGCUUUAUUGAUAUUAUUACACCACGAGAUUUGAAGAUGCUUUUUGUGGCAUCCUAGAAAAUGAGAUGGCUCAGCUUUGCCUGUGCCAAGCGAGUAAAUUAUGAUUCACCAAAUUACAAGCCAUUCACUUUCA